UGGAAAUAUUACCGCCACAGUCUAAUUCCAUUACCAUCCUCCUCCUUUUUCAUGAUCGAAGAAUUUUGAACAAACAAUUUCUCGACUCCCACCCGAAGCUUCUAGGUCCCUCUGCCUCUCUCCCUAUCUGAUCCGAGUUUGGAGUCCAAUGGAUGCCACAAAGUCAAAUAUAGCUGUCCUGGCAUGUACCGAUGAUGCUGUCCUUCCUGUCAGUACUGUCUUUGAGUCGAUGGGAGAAAUUGGAAAUGGAGGGGUUGAGCAUUGUGAUCCUCUAGUCCUCACAUGUGCAUCGUCUCUAAGCAAGUUGCCAGUGGAAUCUUCCUCUAUCGAUAUUGUAAUUUUAAUCUGGCAAUCUCUUGACUGCCCUCCUGAUCAACUGGUUCAAGAAACACUGAGAGUAUUAAAAGUAGGAGGGUCAACUUUUAUUCGCAAGCCUUCUCAGUCUGCUUCGGGUUCAGUUGACAAGAUGAUGUCUGAUCUUGAGCACAAGUUACUGUUGGCAGGGUUUUCAGAAACACAAAUUUUAGAAUUAAAAUCAACCACCUCAUCAGAAAUCAAGCCUUCUGGGAUUAAAGCGAAAAAGCCUUCAUGGAAAAUUGGUUCUUCUUUUGCCCUAAAAAAGGCAGUGAAGACUCCACCCAAAGUGCAAAUUGAUGAUGAUACAGACCUUAUAGAUGAAGAUAGUCUUUUGACUGAAGAGGAUUUGAAGAAACCCCAAUUGCCAACUGGUGAUUGUGAAGUUGGAAGUACAAGAAAAGCAUGCAAAAACUGCACUUGCGGAAGGGCUGAAGAAGAAGAGAAAGUAUUGACGUUAGGAUUGAGUGCAGAACAGAUCAAUAAUCCUCAAUCAGCUUGUGGCAGUUGUGGUUUAGGGGAUGCUUUCAGGUGCAGCACCUGCCCUUACAAGGGUCUUCCUCCAUUCAAGUUGGGUGAAAAGGUUACACUGACCGGUAACUUCCUUGCGGCUGACAUAUAAUUGGUAUUGGGGAUAUUUUUCGUUGCGGUGGGAGCAUAUAGUUACUGCCACUUGUGGUCGGGGGGAGGCCUAUUAAGCGCUUUGUUUAGGCAUAAUCAGAUUUUACCUGUUUACAGUUUGAACGUUGAGAGAGGUCUUAGUUGUUACCUCCGCAUUGUACAGCUUCAUUGCCGUUCUUGUCUCUUUAUAACAACAAUCUAGUAUUUUCGUGGCCAAUUUGCGUUUGAACCUUUCUGGUUGGAUCGUGUGGCUUUAAAUUCUAUGAAAUUCCAUAUAGGAGGAGUUCACUGUGACGCUGGCUCUCUAUUCCUGAUCUUGUGUUAAUUUUGAAGCUGGCCUUGAUGUGGGAUAUUUCAUCCGACCAAGUCGGACUGGUUCCUUUGACCAAAUGAUAAUAAUCUGAUGAUUAAUGAUGUGUAA